AUGGUUUACUUUUCCCAAGACACACGCAUCCCCGACGACCUCCGCAAGCGCCACGAUGCAGUCACGUUUGUCGAUGCGGCGGCCCUGGCGGCAACUGCCGCUCCCCUGGCAACCUCCGGCGACGUAUUUCGAGCCAUCCAAGCUGCAUACACUUCCACCGGGUUUGCCAACGAGUGGACGCUGCAUCACCAAGGAGGCGGCACGGGCUACAAAAGCCGCGAAUGGAAAGCGAUCCCCACGUUGGAGGAUGGAAUCGCCCCAAACCUAGCGUUUGCAUGGAAUCCGUCGAUCGCGGGCACCAAGUCCGAAGACACGGUGUUGCUGGUCGAGGGUGGCGGCCGCAUUGAAGUACUGACGGCUGACGGGGACUUGCCACAGGUCCGCCACACGAUGGGCGGAAUAACGUAG